CGGCGCAGCGCGAGCCUGGGACCCUAAGUCCCGGGCUGCUGUGCCUGGCGCAUUCUAGUAGGCCCUGGAGGUCUCAGAGAGCCCUGCGCCGGCGCGCAGGGGACGGCGGGCGGAGCCGGGGAGGGCACGGAGGACUGCAGCUCCUCCACAGGCUGGGCACCGGUCAGGGCGUAGGGCCACCGCAGGUGGGGACAACCCCCAGUCUAAGGCAGUUUGUCAUAUUCAGGCCAUGGGACCCCCGGAGAAGUGCCUCUUAAUGACCCUUGAGUACUCCGGAGCUGUAGAGAGCGCAUCCUGAGGACAGGAGGGAGCACCCACAAACCCCAGGGGGAGCAUUCCUGUGUUUCAGUCAGAACUUUAAAAAGAUUAACUUUUGCUGGCCGAGCCACAAUUAGCCAUGCACAAAACAUCUUGAGAAUUACUCAUUUCCUGGAGUUGAACUGUCCAAUUACCAGUUUUCUUUUAAAAAGUUGAUUCUCUAUUUGGGUGGACAAGUUCACUUGGACAUUAACAAAGGAAAGGCCACUGGUAUUCACAGUGGCUGGAAAGCUGGAAGUCAAUUCAAGACAUCUAAUAAAUCCCUCGGGUUCAGUGUCUCGUUCGAUCCAGUUUUCUGGAGGUCUCCUGGCGAAAACAAGUGACAAAGCCACUGUUGAGUGAGAUGGGCCAGCGACCGCCCGGUGUGAGUAAUCUGAGAACCCUUCCUAUUCUUGCUGUUCCUACAGGGACUUGGGCUGUUGGAGAGCUGACUCCUGAUUAAUGUAGGAAAGUGUUUGUUUCCUAUCUUCCACUUUUGGUUCCUUCUGUGCUUUUUGGGAAUCCACUCUCAGCACCUCCAAACUUGUGGCACAUUUAAAUCCAAGUCUUUCUUGAAGAGAGCCAAAGACUUAUUAAAUUAAACUCGUUUCUGGAAUCAAAUGCCUCCUUGUUAAUUUAGUGAGUGACUCUGGAUGGAGUAAAGUUCUGGACAAGGUACUUGGUUGUCUUUGGUUUGUUUAUUUAUUUCUAUAACCUCAGCAUGGAGGCCGCCGGGACAAAGCUCAAGGACAGCGUGCCCUGGAAAGAAGCCUGCUGACCAAGUGUGGGGCAGUAAAGGUUUGGCCCAGGGCCUUCUGUACUCAAAGCCUUGUUUUUCUUAAAUCUGUGAAGCAAGAACCACUACCUGUGCUGUGAUGCCCCAGCUGACCUUCACCUCUGGGAACAUCCCACCUGGGGCAGCUGUCCUGCUCCUUACCAAGGAUUCUACUUCUUAUUUUGCAUUGUAUAUUAGUAUUCAAAACCUUUCAGGCAAGUUAUAAGUAAAGUAUACCUGGGUUUAGUACCUGCAAAGUAAAUACAGACACCGCCCCCACCUCCCACAAGCCCAUCCCCUAGAGAUAGCCGAAGGUUGCUGGUGCUAGUUUCAUACAUUGGUGUGCCCAAAUAGAGCCUUUUGAUUACCUUUUAAAGAUUGGGAAUUUUCCCUCCCUCCCAACCAUCCCCACUUAUUUUUGUAUGUAUGUCUCCAAACAGUCUUUCAGAACGGAUAUUCAUGGUGUUCUUACUUCUACAUUUCCCUCCCUAGUUUCCCCUUUCCCAUCUUGUGCAGUGGCCACUUGGAUUUGUUUCAUUGGCUCAGAUUUUUUUCCCCUCCUCCCUCUUCAAUUCUUAGCUUUGGGGAAUAAUUUCUUUCUUUGUGUCACAUUUGUAAGAAAAAGACCGUGUGUGCGUGUGAGUGUGUGUGUGUGUGUGUGUGUGUGUGUGUGUGUGUGUGUGUCUGUCUGUCUGUCUGUCUGUCUGUGUCCUUGAAUCUUGUCUUUCUAGGUGAAAUUGAACUCUUUUUUUCCUGCUCUUUGUACCUUAUUCUAUAUUUAUGCUCAUUUCAUGAUCUGAACUCUCAGACACUUUUUCUUUAUUUGGUCAUUUAAUACCAGAAAACAACAACAAAUCUUAGCUUCAUUAUUUUCCUCUUUCUGGGUUUUCUUUGGUUGAGCCCAUUGAAAGAAUUAAGUUCUCCCAACUUGGUGUCAGAUUUACAACAUAUGCGAGACUGUGUUCUGCAGUGAGCUCUCCAGUUGAGGAAGAAUGUAGUAUCUUGAUUUUUGAGACAGCGUCUCACUGUAGCUCAGGCUGGACUGAAACUCAGCAUGUAGCACAGCUUGGCCUUGAAUUCUCCAGAUCCUCCUCAGCUUCCCAGCUAAGAUUGCUGACGUGAACCCCCACACCCAGGUCCAGCACAGUGUUCGACCUCUACCUGAUACCUCAGUGUUUCAGUGUGAUUGAAAACUCCUGCUGCUUUUACUGCUUCCAAGGUUUAGUGUGCUUUGAAGUGAGUGACUUGCUUCAAAGAUCUUGUUUUACCAGUGGGAACCAGAGCUUCGUGGACCUGUGACUUGUUCCAGAUGUUAACCUCCCCUCUGCCUUAGGCAUCUGAAAUCCUUUAAAAAAAUACUUUUUUCUCUUGUAGCUUUAGUUUUUGGUUUUGUUUGAGAUUGAGUCUCCUGGAGCCUGGGCCUCCUUGAACUCCUGGUCCUCUCUGUUGCCAUAGUUACAGGUGUGCAUUGCCAUACUUGACUGAAAAGCAUUUUUUAAAAGUUAGAUCUUUGUUUUAAAAGGUAGGCACUUGACAGAUCUCUUGCUCAAACACCUCUAGGUGUUACAGAGGGGGUCCAUCAUGGCCCCUGUUAGAAAUGAAAGCGUAUGCAUACAUCUUUCUCUGCUGACUGACACCCCAUUCCCCCUUUAAUUAGGAAACACAAAAGUUGUACAAGUUACAUGCAGAACCAUGUCUGGGUGACUACUGAAACCUGAACAAAAUUUUUUUGCCUGACUUAUGCCCUGCUUAAACUCCAAGGCCAUGCUAUUUUAAUCUGACAGAUAGUUAGAGCUGUGCUUAAAGGCCUAGGGAACCUAUUAAAUGUUGUGGUGGGAUCUGGGGGGUUGUAUAUAUAGCACAAAACUGUGCCCUGGAGAAAUGAUGCAAUUACUCUCUGCCCAGGUUCUCCAUAAACAAGCUGGCCAUCACUCAGCCUUAAUGUGGAACAAGUCUCGUUAAGCAUGAUUGUUUACAGGGAAUGUCAAAGAAUCUUAAAAAAAAACAGAUAGGUGGGAAGUUAGGGCUACCAAGGGUGAUGGAGCAGAUGAAGCAGAUGGACACUUUUUACUUUAUUUUCUCUAUUCGUCCAUUUUGAGUCCCCUGACACCCGCACCCCCACCCCAGUUCCAUGUAACUUUAUCAUCGUAAGCAUCAAGGGCUGAACAGGAACCCAAGGAGAGCAGGAACCUGAGGCAGGAGCUGACGCAGGGACCACAGACAAGUGCUGCUUCCUAGCUUGCUCCAGAGUUUCUUAAAACAAAGAGAACUUCUUAUAAUUAGAAAAACUUCUAUAUCGAAAGGAAUUUUUCGAAGCUUCAUCUUGUGGCCAUAUGUACAACUUUGGUUUUUGAACUGAGCUUUUGGGUAACUGGUCAAAUGUAUUUGCCUGGUUGAAAUUUUAACUCAAGCCAAGCCAAACUUCAAAUGUGGUAAAUGCUAAGCUGUGUUCUCUUAGGCAUUUAGUGUUGUUUCUCGGCUCACCUUUGAUUUAUUUUGCUUUCUUUUCCAGACAGGGUUUCUCUAUUAGCCCUGGCUGUCCUAGAACUCACUCUGUAGACCAGGUUGUCCUCAAACUCAGAGAACCCACCUGCCUCUGCCUCUGCGCACUGGAAUUGAAGGCACACCACCAGCUCUCGGCAUUUAUUUUCUUUUUCAAAGACAGGAUCAGUACAUAGCCCAGCCCAAGAUGGCCUUGAAUUUGCUCCUCUGCCUCAGCCUUGCAAGUGCUGGAUUUACAUGUCUAUAUUACCAGACUUUGAGAAAGAAUGUGGUUUUCCUGACUGCUGUUAGACGAAAAUAUACCCCCAGUUCCCUACGCUCCACAUCAGAUGGCUUAGAUGCUUACAGAACAAUGAUAACAAAAGACAAGACUCAGCCAUCUCUUCACUGUACAACUUAGAAAAGAGGUUUGAUCUCUGGACUCAGGGUUUGCCAAAGCAUUAAAAUCUAAAGUCUCACUUAAACCAAGCAGUUUGGCCUGGUUUUUUUUUUUUGUUGUUGUUUUUGUUUUUGUUUUUGUUUUCUGCUAAGGAAAUAAAAACUCUGUAAUUUAUGAAUGCAGCAAAUCUUGCCCCAUGGUUUUUUGGAACAAAUUGAGUGAGUACUGCAAAAGUUCAUUCGUGUUUGUAUUUUUAACUGACACCAUCCCAUAUAAGAUAGUAGUUCUGAGGAUGUUAGACUGUUGUCUUGUCUGGGGGAAAUUACUUUUAAGUUUUAGGCACAUUUUGCUGGGCAUGUUGAAUUAUGCCUCCAAUCCCAGCAUUCGGGAAGCAGAAGAAGGCAGAUGCUCUGAGAGUUCGAGGCCACCCUGGCUAACACAAUGAGUUCCAGGACAGCGAGGACUAUGUAGAGAGACUCUGUCUCAAAACAACAACAACAGCAACAACAACAACACCUUUUUUUAGGCACUUCUGAAUCUGUCCUGAAACAAUCACACAUGUCGAAAAUUGGGUUUGAGGUUGGUGAACGAAUGCUCUAUCAUAUACAUCUUAAGAGUUUAAGAAAUGACCGCUUAUUAAGAGUUAGUGCAGAGGAUACGUUUUUAUCAAAACGUGUUGAGAAUUAGUUGGCCCUUUUACUGAAAGGCUAGAGUUUGGCUGGAGACACUGUCUUCCCAUUUAAGAUGAGUUCUUAUCAGCUCACAGGAGGCUAGUCACCGUUUUUAAAAACACAAAGCCAAAACCUUUCUCCCAAAAUUCUGUGUUCCUUAGUCUGUAACCAGAAAAGCUUGUAUCUUGCACUCUCUCCCAGAGUAAAUAUAACCAUAAAUUUCAAAGUCACACCCAUUAUGAAGAUUAAACAAUUUUAAAGAAGGAAGGAAUCUAAACAGUAGUGCAUGAGCCUGUCCAACUUUUUUAAUCUGUCAUAUCAGGAAAUGAACCCAAAAUUCCUGUGCAGACCACGUUAAGAGAAUCUGAGCUUCCUGUUGUAGAAAAUAUAAAAAAUAACCACUAGAGCACUUGCCUAGCGAGCACAAGGCCCUGGGUUCGGUCCCCAGCUCCGAAAAAAAAAAAAAAAAAGGAAAAAAAAAAUAACCGCAAACCCUCGCUAGCCAGCAGGGUAGUUCAUAAACCAAAUUAAACAUCUUCUAUCAAUUAUAUUACCAAUAAGCAACUUACCAAACCAGGACUUUAACCUAAAAUAAAAUCGAUCUGUCAAGCUCUCUACCCAGAGCCUCAGAGUUUUAUUUACUAAUAACUUCUAUAAUAUAUAUCUGCAUUCACUCUGCCUGGUGUUACAGACUUAUCACAUCGCUCUACUUGGAGUCAGUGACUAAUUUUCCUUUCGUUCCAAACGAUUGGUAAAAAAUCCCCACUUGAUUCGGGUAAUCUCUCUACUCUCUUCUUCUUAAAAACAAACUUAAUCACUUUCUAAUAGUACCAGUCGUUAAGAAGCAGCUUGUCUAACUAGGAUUUUAACCCAAAAAGUCCCGUGGAGCCCACAUUAGAAGGAAUAUGAGUAUCUUGAACGACUUUCUAGACAACUUUCUUUAAAAUGCAGCUUUAAUCUCCAUCUCUCUAGCUGCCACUACUUAUCUCAGCAGGGGAUCUACUAGGCUGUUUCCUUGUUUAAGGGUCCCCUGCUUGGACCAUCAUGUGACUCAACAUGGCACUGGCCUCCUCUUACUUAAAUUUUCUCUUAGGCUUACUAGUGGAUUUUUGUCCACCAUGUUGGACACCUGUUGCUAUAAAAUUCUAAAAAAAAAGUUAUCUUUUAUUCUCACUAGGUCUGGCACCGUAGUGCCCCGAGAUAUCUGGUGGACGUCUUCACCUCAGUCAGCAAAGCGUCUCACCUGUUUUGCUCCAUCCCAUAUCACACUGCUGAUGGCUUCUCUCUGGGCUUGGCAACUAUCUCUCUACCCAUCCAGUUCCCAAGGCAGGCUGCCACUAUGCCAGAAAUAUACAUCCCAGUUCCAUGGUGGCCUAGUGUCUCCACCACCACAUACUCUCUUGAACUUAAUUCACCACAUGAAAGAACACACAACACAAUAACCUCUGAUCCAGUUGAUAAGAUAUAAUUGCCCACCUAGACAUACAAAGCCCUGUACACAUCCAUCCCUUAAGAAUAUUCAUAACAACCUGUAAAUGUGCAGAGAGGAAUCUUAACAUCAGCCUCCAUGUUCUUUCUGAUGCUUCCUCCCCCUUUCUUGUUCCAGUCUCCUCCUCUCUCUAAAACUUUUCUCCUGCCCAUCCUUUCUUCUCAUCCAAUGACAGGCCUCAUUCUGCCUUGUACCUGCCUUCACCUAUAUGACAUCAUCCUAUAAUACCCAGCCUCUUAUAACCAUAAUCCCUUUAGUCAGUGCUGUCAUUAGUUCAUUCAGUGUAGAACAGUCAAGCUCCGUGUCCAGGCUCCAAGUGUGAUACCCUCUCGUGCUGCCAGUUCCAGCUUGCUUCAGUGUAGGUUGCAAAGGGACAAAUGGACAUUGUAUAUGUGCCUAUCUGCUGCAACUGGGUAGUCCUGUGUCAUCUGUUCAAGAGCUCUGAGGCCCGAGCCUGGCAGGAUACCUAGGGCCUACCACACAUAGCUGACUGAAGGGGAGAGUCUGUCUCUCAUCACGGUCUAACUCAGGCACAGCAUGAAAGAAAUGCCUGAAGACAGUACAAACUGCUGUGAAGGAGGGCAAGAUGAGCCCGUUUGGGAACCAGGGCAAGCUGUGGAAGAGAGCUUGAAAUACAGAAUUUCAACAUGGUGCUGAGUGGGGUGGGGGAGCUUUCUCAGUGGAGGCAACUGUGAAGAGGUAAAAACAAAACCUAUGUUGGUGAACAUGGAAGUAUUUCGAAUUGGAUUAUGGGUAAUGCACAGAAAUGGAAGGAUAUUCUUCGUGCUUGAGCUAUGUAGGAAAUGUCUGUCCCAGCAAGAGUUUAACUCCAAGGUGGGUCAGGCCACUCUAUCAGCUGGAUUCCGUUUCAUUGCUCCUGGUGACUCUGCUCCAUGCUUCUGGGUCCAACUAGAAGUUUAACUUCUUCCUCCAGGUUUGUGCUGCCAUGCCUGGCGGCAGUCCCUUUAUAAAGCCCCCACUCUGCUUUUUGUUUAUGCAUUAAGACUGAACUUAGGGCCUUGCACAUGCUGAGCGAGUUCUCCGUCACCGAGGGCACACCCCUAGCUCUCUUUCUACCCUUUGAGAUGGUUUCACUAAGUUGCCCAGGCUGGCCUUGAACUCACUGAGUCCAGUCAGGUCUGGAGCCUUCACUUCCUCUGCCUUAACCUCCUGCGUAGCUGGGAUCAUGCGUCGCCCAGCCUGGCUUUAAAGCCCCCACUUACCAGCUCUCUUCCCUUGGAAGUCUGGAAAGCUUGGAAGGGACACAGGCAAAGAAAAGGAGUUUCAUGCAAGGGCUGUAUAAAAGGCACCUACUUUUGUGUCAAUUUAUAAUCGGGACCAUUUAUCCUCUGUGGGGAACAUUAUUUGUGUGAAAUGUGUUGCUUGCACUGAAAACAUUUCAAAUUAUUAUUUUGCCCCAGCCAAUGGUCUCUUAGGCCAUGUUUUAGUGCAGGUCUGCAGCACCACAAGCCAGGAACCACAAGAUGAUUAUUGCAUGUCCUCCUUUGACUGACUUGAGAGGGGGUGGGAAUUGGCAUUCGAGGUAUAUACCUUACAUUAGAAAUGCCCACGGCUUGGGGGCAAAGGUAAGUGUAUUGUAUUAGCUGUUCUGCUUGUCUCUGGGUCCUGUGGAAGGGAAGGAUGAACUCUGACAUUCCAGGUAGGUGCACAGAGCUCGGUGAGAUGCUCACAUUGUACUCUUCAGAAUCGUGCAACUCUGUCUGGCUUCUGGAAACUUCUGGAUGAGCCAAGUACCUCAUGUUCUUAUCUCACUUCCUGGGUACUGGGAAGUUCCAAUUUGGCCUCUGGCAAGACAAACUUAACAUGUGACUGCCCAAGUUGUGCGGUUGCUGAAACAUAUUUGUUUUCACACUGCCUUCAUGGAGGUAACGUUGCUGUCAUUGCUAUGCCCUCUCCUUGCUUCAGAUGAAAAGCAAGGCAAACAACAGAUUAACUGUGUCUUUUUUUUUUUUUUUUGAGCUUAAUGAAAUUUUUAUUUUGAAAAUAUGGCAAGAGUCUAAGGCACUUCAAACAUUUAAAUACAUAUACAGGACCCAAGUAAAUGCCGAGGCACGGUAGAAAUACACGGAGAACUACACUCUGCCUCCCUAGACGCAAAUCUGGAACCCAGUCCUCUAACCCAAUUCAAACCUUUGUCACCAGACACAGACACGGUUGGGCAGUUGCUUAAACCGUUACGUUACACGUAGCUCUUUAUGACUGUACUGUGGAAUAUAAAAGCUGAAAAUACUGAGAUUAACUGUGUCUUAAAGAAGCUAACCAGUCAUUGUACUGGCUGCCGUGUGGCUGACUGGAUUAUUUUGCAAUUUGAACGUCAGGUGACUGGGAGGCACCUGACUUUAGUGAAACAGUUUGAGAAGGCUGACCAAAGUUGCCACACUGUACUGUUAAUGAUCCUAGCGAAUGCUAGAUGCCAGAGGGGAUGAUACAAAGGAGUUACUGAUCACGCCUGUGUGGACACUUUCAGGAGAGCCUUACAAAAGUGUCUCUAUUGCAAGAACUCUGAAAGAGAUGAAGAGAGCCCUUAGCAAUGAUGCUGACUUCUCGUGGUUCCCGGAGCCCUGCUGAACGGAUGGAGGCUGGCCCAGAGCCUGACUUCUGCGGUUCUGAACAUGGCCCUGAGCACUGUGUCUGCUGAGGUCAUUCACCAGGUGGAGGAGUCUCUUGAUGAGGAUGAGAAGGAGAUGAUGCUCUUCUUGUGUAGAGAUGUGACUGAGAACCUGGCUCCACCCAACGUCAGGGACCUCCUGGAUUGUUUAAGUGAGAGAGGCCAGCUCUCCUUCGCUGCCUUAGCUGAGCUGCUGUACAGGGUGCGGCGGUUUGACCUGCUCAAGAGGAUUUUGAAGACAGAUAAAGCAGCGGUGGAGGACCAUCUGUGCAGAAGCCCUCACCUUGUUUCCGAUUAUAGGGUGCUGCUGAUGGAGAUUGGGGAGAAUUUGAAUCAAUCUGAUGUAUCCUCCUUAAUUUUCCUUACAAAGGAUUACACAGGCCGAGGCAAGGUAGCCAAGGACAAGAGUUUCUUGGACCUGGUGAUUGAACUGGAGAAACUGAAUUUGAUUGGUUCCGAUCAGUUGAAUUUAUUAGAAAAAUGCCUGAAGAGCAUCCACAGAAUAGACUUGAAGACAAAAAUCCAGAAGUACACGCAGUCCAGCCAAGAAGCAAGAUCAAAUAUGAAUGCUCUCCAGGCUUCUCUCCCAAAAUUGAGUAUCAAGGAACAUUUAUAUAACUCAAGGCUCCAGAAUGGGCGAAGCAAAGAGCCAAGAUUUGUGGAACACCAUGGCAUUCAGAGAAAACCGGUGAAGACAUCCAUUCAGGAAUCAGGAAUUUUUCUGCCUCCGCACAUACAUGAAGAGAGCUACAGGAUGCAGAGCAAGCCUCUAGGGAUCUGCUUGAUCAUCGACUGUAUUGGCAAUGACACAGAAUAUCUUCGAGAGACCUUCACUUCCUUGGGCUAUCGCGUCCAGCCUUUCUUGUUUCCCAGUUCACAUGAAAUAACCCAGAUUGUUCGCCGAUUCUCCAAUAUGACCCAACAUCAAGACUAUGACAGCUUUGUAUGUGUCCUGGUGAGCCGAGGAGGCUCCCAAAGCAUGAUGGGCGUAGAUCAGGUUUACUCAGGAUUCUCCUUGGAGAAUGUCAAGGACAUGUUCAAGGGGGACAUGUGCCCUUCUCUCAGAGGAAAACCCAAGCUCUUUUUUAUUCAAAACUAUGAGGCGUUGGAAGAUAACAGCCUGGAAGUAGAUGGGCCAGCAAUAAAAAAUGUGAACUCUAGGCACCUGCAUCCCAGACACUGCACAACUCACCCGGACGCUGAUAUCUUCUGGAGCCUGUGCACAGCAGACGUAUCCCGGUUGGAGCAGCCCUCCAGCUCGCUCUCUGUGUACCUGCAGAAACUCUCCCAGCUGCUGGAGCAGGGCAGGAAGCGCUCACUCGUGGAUCUCCAUGUUGAACUCAUGGACAAAGUGUAUGCCUGGAACAGUAAUGUUCCUUCCAAGGAGAAAUACUACCUCAGUCUGCAGCACACUCUGAGGAAGAAACUCAUCCUGUCUCACACAUGAAAACCCAAAGCCUUCGGAGUUCUCGGUGUAGCAUCCAAGGUGGCCUGGAGCUGGCAAGCCUCCUGAUUGCCUGGGAGCAAUCCAAAGAAUCAGGUGCUGCCCUUGAAGGUUCCGGCUGCUUCUAGUUCUGGUGUGAGUCCUGCUUUCCAGUUCCCCUGUGCACAAGCAGAAUCCAUACACUGCUGCUGCCAUGAGCGUCUCACUCCAGCCACCAUGCCUUUACCACUCUGACGAACUGAAUCCUCCAACACUGUGAGGCACAGCAAACUUCCCCCUUACCUUCCUUAGUCAGAUGUUUCGCCACAGUGUGGAGAGCAGACUUAAACCUACUGGUUUUGGAGAUUUAUAUCAAACUAUAUUAAGUUAUUGUAUGUGAUAGUGUAUGGCUCCAGAUUUGAACAGUGGCACUGACUGUAAUUUGAGACUUACCUAAGUUCAUCAGGUAACUGGGUAAAUUGUCUCUAUGGCUGAAAUGUGCAUAUCUAAUCAUUUAGUAAGUUAUUAGCUCAUUAAGUUAUUAUAAGUACCCAUUGCCUUAGCAAUGCUGUAUCAUUGCUCCUGGACUUUCACAUUUGCCUCCUAUUUCUGUAACUUAGCUCCACAUCCAUAUUCUUUCUCCACAGAAACAAAUUCCAUCAUGUAUGUUUAACAUUCAUAGUAUAAUGCUUUGUAACACACAUAGAUAGAAAAAUAGUUACCCAUGAGCACGGGAGAGCUGGCCCUGACUCUCGCCAGCUAUGUGAUGGUUGGGUGAAGUAGAACUGGCUCUGCCCCUUGAAGGUUGUAGCGCUUAGGAGAGUAGCUCGCUCCUUGCCUGGGCAGCACAGUAGAGCCAGCCCCAAGAGCACAACAGUGAGUGGGAGAGCUCGCCCUGGCUGGCUCGGGAACAGGAGAACAGGUGAGCUGACCAACUCAGAUACCAUCCAGAGCUUUGAGUUGGCCUACCCUGGCCAGCAUCCGCGUCAUCUGCUGGAGCAUGUGAAGGGGCAGGUCCUGCAGAAGCAAAGCUUCAUGACACAGGGCAACAAUAGGCUAUCUGAGAGGAGUCCCGGGGAGGGCCAGUACUGAGUGCAGCAGAAGCCAGAGGCCUCCACCAGGCCAGUGAUUCACUGUAAUGAACAUUCGUAAGGAAAGCUGUGCGGACUCAUGGGUGUGCUGUGGGACUCACGGUGACACACGGGGGCUUUUAUGCACAGAGAUGUUUUCAUUUUUAUUUGUAUUUUUUGUUUUCUUUGGCAGGGACAGAUUGCUAGAGCAGAGAGUGGGUAUGGAGGGCUGGAGAGAAGAAUGGGAUUGGGGUGCAUGAUGAAGAAUUCACAAAGAAUCAAAAGGGGUUGGGGAUUUAGCUCAGUGGUAGAGCGCUUGCCUAGCAACCUCAAGGCCCUGGGUUCAGUCCCCAGCUCCGAAAAGAAGAAAAAAAAAAAAAAAAAAAGAAAGAAAAAAAAAAAGAAAGGUGCAUCACAAAGAAUCAAAAACCUAAAAAGAAAGGAAAAGUGAAUAGUUGCAUAGUGAAACAGAUUAACUUUAUUUAUAAUUUCAUAGCUAGCUUUUUUUAAAUAACAGGAGCAGUUAGAACUUAUUUAUUUAUUAAAUACUUUUGGCAUAAGAUUUCAAUAUUCAUAGAAAAAUCCUGUCAUACCAGUACUAGGAUAGGCCAAAGGACCACAUGCUCUGAGCCAGUCUAGGUGUGUAAACACAAAGGUGUGUGUGUGUUUGUGUGAGAGAGGACCGAGAAAUUCUAUCACAUCCAAUACAAUAUAAUUUUGUUAGCUGCUAUAAAACAUGGUUAAUUUACUUCUGUGUACUUUCGAGUAACCAAAUAAUAUAGUCUUUAUCUGUAUUUAAGAAUAGUAGUCAAGCCCCACCCCCUGAGGUUUGGGGAUCUGUUCCAAAGAGGAGGCAGAAAGACCGUAAGAGUCAGAGGUUGUGGAUGACUCCAAGGAGCAGCAGCAUCCAGACACAACAGGACCCAUGCACAGUGGACGCACAGAGACUCAAACCAGAGUCCCAGCACUGAGAAAGGGGUUAGGAAGUUGUGGCCCAUGAGCACAUGGGAACCAGGAAUGUUCAACACUCAGGUCUGCCUCUUCGAGGGGAGAGACAUAUGACCUGCUUCUGCCCAGAAGGCAGGAACAAUGUGAGUCAUAGCUGGUGGUGUCCACACUAUCUGUAUGGCCAGGCCAUGCCGCCUCCCUCAGACUCAUGUUUAUCUCUGUCAGUCGGCAGUCUGUCUUCCCUGCCACCGUCAUGGGGACCACUUUUACCCUGAGCCUGCUUCCUCAGUUAAUCCAGGGAACCUGUCUGUGGGGAAGAUGUUGCUUGUACUCUACGAGAGUCUCCAUAUGGCCAUCUCUUAGGCUUUGUACACACAGGACUGAUUAAUCACCACCAGAAACUAUUCUGACAUUGUGCUGUGCUUAAGUAUGCCUAAAAUAAACCACCCGGUGUCAGACUCCAAAAGUUUGAACAAAAACUGUCCACUGAGUCUUGUUGAGUCGGACGUCCUUCCUGCCUUUCUUGGACCAACACCCUGUGGUUGAGGUGUUUGCAGAGACCCCCACAGAGAGGGACUUCGACUAAGAAGGCUGGUGCAAUAGAGCUGCUGAGAAAGGGAAAGCAGUUUUCUCCGGCAGAGUCUUGCUGGGCACGUCCACUGUGCGCCAGGGUAGGCCUCACGCCCAGGAGGAGUUGGCUAACAUAAAAUGGACUCUGUAUGUGUGUCUUUUUAUUGAUUUUCUUUUUUUCUUUUUUCUUUUUUGGUUUGUUUGUUUGCUUUGCUUAUCAACUUUUUGCUUUUCUGAGGGAGAGAACAUGAAGUUGCAUGAGUGUGGUGGGGUAGUGCAGGAGGAUCUGGGGAAAGCAGGAAGGGAGAAAAGAGCAUCUCACAGGAUUGUUUCAAGGAUGAAGUGUGAGGCUCUUUACAGCCAUUUUUGAGCUGUGCUCCUAAUUAAUUACAUCAUUACUUGUAUCAUUAGACCACAUUAUAAAGGGCUGUUUUGGAGGGACUGAAUCAAACUUUGAAAAAAGUCGGUAGGAUUGGGUAGGUUGUGAGAGAGAGGUGUAAGCUAAGGAAAGGAGCAGCCGGGAGGUGUACAGUGUGCUUUAGAAACCUUGACUUUUAGCUGGAACGGAUGUGCACAGUGAUGGGGGAUAAGCGGGGAGGUGGAUGUGGUCCUGAAGUGGAGAGCUCUGACAGCCCCACUUCUUUUUUUUUUUUUUUAACAUUUGUAAAAACAAUUUUAAUGAAGUUAUCUUACAAAAAGGAGAUACCACCCUGACCAGACAUCAAAUGCUAACACAUGGGUAUACCCCAGCUUCAUACAUGUGUUACUUACUUUUGAGCUGUUGACCAGUAGGGUUCCAUAAACUUCCAGGUAUUACAGGCUGUUUCCAAUACUCUUGGUUGAUCUCUAUAACUUAAUGGUAAGCCUCUAUUGCUAAUAUUACCACAUAUUUGAGUCAUAUAGCAUGUCUCAUCAGUACUUGCUAGACAGCCCCACUUCUUUAGCUAGUUGUAAAUACCUCUGUAAGGUGUUUCUCCUGACUUUAACAGUGAUCUUCUUUGUUCCUUUUGUACACAGAAUUAUGGUUUUGUUUUUCACUGACUGUGUUUUGUUAAAAUAUUUUAGACAUAUUAAAAGAUAAUUAUGUACAAAAGACAA